AUGGGUGAACCAAAGUACACAAUCUACGUCCGGGUUCCAAUCCCGCGUGGAGACUUUGUCGACCCCCCUCAGGUUGAUUGGGACCCUGAGAAGGAUGAAGCGCUGUGGCGCAUCCUGUCCAGCGCUACACAAAAAGAGAUAGACUGGAAUGAUAUAGCAGCUAGAUUCGAUGUCACAGUCGACUUCCUUCUCAAGCAGGUGGCGUACCUCACCGAACGACAUGCUUCGCAAGUUAGGGCCCAAGUACGGAAAGCGGCCGCAGCGGCAAAGGGCUCUGCCGCGCCGUCGCCCAUCCCCGCGGCCGAGUCGUCUACCGCAGCCGAUCGACGAUCCCACAUUGGACAGCUCAUCGGCCGCGAUUCCCCGAUGCCUCGCAACGAAGCGAACGGAGCGAUACGCCCUGCCAUUUCCCGUGGGGGUUCGGGCAACACAAUCCCUCGCGAUACUGCUGGCUCUUCGCCGCGCCUGGAGAGCAAACAGCCGCCUUCUCGCCCUACGGUCGAAACUGCGAAUCGACGCCGCAUAUCAUCUCUGCCUAUUGCGGCACCAAGCCCGAAAACAGCUGUGUCUCAAGACCCCAAGCGAGACGAUGUGGUGUCCCCAGGACCUGCAGACUCUACUUCGGGAGAGUCAUCUGAGGAUGAGUCUAGCCCUGCGCAAUCCCGAAUUAUACGACGCCCUCCCCGUUAUCAAGAAAACGACGGCUCAUAUCAGGUAGAUGAUGAUGGCGAUGACGAAUCCGAGCCAGCAUUUCAACCGUACAAGUCCACUGCAGACCAGAAUUCAGCCUCGGAUCUGGCAUCGACUUUGCGAGACAACCGGACAUCAAUCAAGCGAGGCAACAAACAUCCCGCCCGCGAGCGAAUCCACCAGUCCCAAACGUCCGAUUCCUCUGCAGGAUCUGGCGCUCUUGGUGCUGAUUCAGUAAAGCCUCGCCGCCUGAAAUCUCACACCUCAAAUCGUAAUGCUGCACAAUCGGCACAAAGCCCUUCCGGGCAAGGCAAACUUUCCUCACAAGAGGGCAGCGACGGGACGCCAAGCAUGGGAAGUAGUUUUAGCGAUCUUGACGAUGCUUCCGUCACACAGUCUGCUUUGGAGGAAGCUCUAGCAUCCAACAUGCAUGGUGCUGGGAGCCGCUUCAGCAUAAGCCAAGCUUUCCGCAGUCGCUACUUUGUCAACGACAAAGACGAAGUUCGCUCUAUUGCCGACCCAGACUACUACUUCAACCACUUCUUAAACAAGAACCAGCGGGUAAAUCUGCGUCAACGAACCCAGUUCCAGGCUGCUCUCCGGAGCAUUGUUCACGACAGACUCGAGUCUCUCGGUCUUCGCAAAACCCCGUUGCCGCCACCCGAGCUAGGAUCCGAGGCCAAGCAUGUCAACAUUUUCGUUUCAGAGAACAUCAAGAGCGCCGAACGCAUCAUUGUCGUGUUCGGUGAAUGUGCCAAGGAGCUCGGUAUGGUUGCUAGUAGAAUCGCCGGCGGCCCAGGCGGCAUCAACAAGGGUACCAUGGUUGGGGCAGUGAAGGGCAUCCAGCGCUAUGAAUCGGCAGGUAUCAUCCUCGCUAAUAUGGGCGAGUCAUAUUGGUCCCAAGAGUACAAAAGAGCGGUUACACCCGCGGACAGUACCGCCCAGUCAAUGCCCAGCUUGGUCCAUAUGGGCAUCAAAUAUGAUGCACAAGUGAACGACAUUCCCGGGUCCGAAACCCCGUUGUGCCAUGCGCGGACAGUUCUGGACGCCGCCGUUACUCAGUACGCGAACAAGGAAGCAAAAAUCAACAUCAUAGCUCUAGGAGACAGUUGCGAGGUCAUUACUUCUCUCUUGGAUGGAGAGAAGACUUGGACUAGAUUGGGCGCAUCCCUCCAAGGUGCGCUGUUCUACAGUCCUGCGUUCUAUCAUGAAGUGAAGCAAGAAGGCUUGAAGAACUUUUUCCAAAAGAAAGCAAGAGGCUACGUCGUAUCCGAGCAACCUCUCGGGACUCCCCUCUCCGGAACCGAAGGCAGUACAGCGUCACGAGUACCGGCGCUCGGCUUCCCUUGCUAUUCCUCCGGAGAGCCGUGCUUUGGUGAGUGUUGCUUCGUCACUGCAUUGGAUGACGGACUCUCAUACCUCGACGAGGUGGCAAGAACGCCAAACUACGAAAACCCAGUCGUCAUGGUUUUCGAACCUGACGAGCUAGCCACGGCUGAGGAGGCGGAGCGCGCAUGGGAUGCGCUCCCGGCGGAUCAGAAGCCGAGCCUGAGCAUAGCAGACGACGCCGAGUUGCGGGAGCAGCUGAAGAGCAUGCGCAGAUUAAAAUAUUUCGAGGAGACGGGGGAAGCGCCCGAUAGCUCUGAGGAGGAGGAGGAGUCUGACAAGGAGGAGGAAACGGCCGGGAGCGAAUUGCCGGUGAAGCCAUGGUAA